GCUGACAAAGGCAAAUGAAGCCAUGUUUUUGCUUACAAACAAGUAACAUCUAACGCCUAGAACCGGAGCUUGAAGCUGGUACGCUACUCGGUUCAGCAACCCGUCUUGCGCUCUCCUUCACUCUCACCGAUAUCUGGAUACGAUACGCCGGUAGAAUAAGCUUUAAUUUAUCCAAUAACUGGAUAUCCUCCACUAACUACUUGACAACGAACUGAACUCAAAGAAGAGACUGCACCGAUCAUAAGGAAAUAUUUUGCCGUUCAGAGGAUGGGUUCUGUGGCGAGCUGGUGAACCAGAGGUGGACGAGAGGCCAGAGGUCGCAGGUCACACACAGCCAGCCAAUCACAAUGAGCGAAGAGGACGACAAGAGGACCAGGACACGCUCCAGAGGAAUCAGAGCUCCAGCAGAGUCGUCAGGACAGGAGAGCUGCCCAACCUCAGGAUGCUCAGGGUCAGGUCAUAUCAGCGGGAGGUACUCACGCCACCGCAGUGUGCUGGGAUGUCCAUUGGCAAGGAAACGGCGACUCCAAGAACAGGAAGAGCCUGCCGCGAAGAGGAAGUCCCACCCCCUGAAGCUGUGGUUGGACGACAGAGUGCUUCAGAGUGACGAGACCAGCGAUCCGGAG